AAGGUAUAUACGAUCGUGAGCUUUAAAAAAAAAUUGAAUGCAAACUGAUCGAUUUACUGCACGAUUUCAUAUAGUUUUUUAAAUCAUGCAUGUACAUCACCGGUGUUUAUCUUGGACGGUUGAUAACAAAAUGAUUUGGAAAGAGAAAAAAUGAAUAACUAGUUUGCUAAAGAGCAACAAAGAUGAUUUGAAAUUUUUAUCCAGGAUUGAUUAAUAAAAGACCAGAACAUGGAUAUACAUCUGGUUCUUCUGAUGAUAUUAUUGAUUUUGGCAGUUGUAUGCGUAGCAGCCAUAGGUAGUCCAAAUACAUUGAUAUGGACGUCAAAAGGCAAAAAUGCAAUUGAUUCAAAUCAAGAUUUGCUUUUACCAGAUGAUCUCAAAAGUAUUUAUCGAAUUCACUUUAUACUCAAAACUAAGUCGGAUAAUGUUUAUUUUGCCGAUGAUUUAAACAAGUAUGGAUGUUGGUGUGCACAAAACGGAACUAGCUAUCCUGUUGACGAAUUAGACAGAUGCUGUUUUGAGCACCAGUUGUGCCUUAAAGAGAUAUUAUCAAAAGGUUGCCCAUUAUCAUCUAGAUACUACUCCUAUGAACAGUGCUUUGGCUUAAUAUUUAAAUGUACUGAUAGUGACGAGUGCAAACGCAAAUUCUGUACGUGUGAUAUCGAGGCAGCAAACUGUUUGUCAAAUAAGCAACUUCAUUAUAAUCAACGAUGGAAGAAAGGAAAUAAAGAUUACUGUAUCAAAACAUAAAUCAACAAACAACCAAAUAGAACGAUGGAAAACAAUGAUUACUAACUCUGGUGCUUUGUGGUACAGACGUGUCUAAAGAAAACAAUGAUUUCUAACUCUGGUAUUCUGUGGAACAAACGUGUCUUUCUUUUUCAAAUCAUUCUCAUUUUUUCGAGUUCGAAUGUUGCGAUUGUUGUCUUUGUUGUAAAUGUUACAGAUUCAUUUAUAUUCAUACAUAUAUAUACUUAUAGUGUUUACAAUUUUAUUCUUUGGAAUAGAUUUUUGUUUGCUUAAAAAGCGAGAAGCAAUUUAGGGGGCAUAACAAAACGAUUGGAAUGAAUCCUACUCUAAUAUCUGCACCCGCGUUGUUGCUAAUGGCGUGCAGAGUGUGUUGACCAAACGCAUAUAAUUAAUGUCAUCAUCAAUGUAACUUUUUUUUCGCUCUUAUCAGCGUUGGUUUUUGGUUUUGGAUUUUUUUUUCUUCUUGCACAUCACUGACGAAAAAUCAAUAGAGGAAACCAAAGGUCAUGUAGGGAGCAAUUCUGUGAAUUCGCGUCAAGAGCGAUAACCUUUUAUCAAGCAUCCUGAGCACCUGAGAUUACCCUUAGUUUUUGGUGGGGUUCGUGUUGUUUAUUCUUUAGUUUUCUAUGUUGUGUCAUGUGUACUAUUGUUUGUCUGUUGGUCUUUUUUUUCAUUUUUAGCCAUGGCGUUGUCAGUUUAUUUUAGAUUUAUGACUUUGACUGUCCCUUUGGUAUCUUUCGUCCCUCUUUUAAUUAAAUUCUCUUCAUUUGGUUGAUAUGGUUUUUGUUUCAGUAUUGUAUGUAAACCUUGAAGAAAUUGUUUUCAUAUUUUGCAAAACAUAAUAUAAAAAAAUAUUUGAAAUUCCUGUUUGCAAGUUUAAAAAGAUAAUCGACGUGAUCUCACUGAUUUUUUCAAUUAGUUAUAAAUACAAAAUGUGCCUUAUAUACACACUGAAUGCAAUAUAACAUAUUUACAUUUUGUAUCAGCUUAUAAUGUUUUAUUACUGUUUACUUUUUAGUUUAUUACUUUUUUUAUUUUUGUCGUUUCUUUAUAUCUGUUGGGCCACUGUGCUAAACACUUCUGUUUAUUUUUAUUUUAUUCUCCACAAAUUAAAUUUUCCGCGCUUAUUUAAAUUUAAAAAAAAAGUUAUUAACUCAAAAAUAGGUCUUCUUUGACACACACAAUCUCAUUUAUUUCAACGUGUCUCAUAAAAUUUAAAAAAUAAAGACAUUUGCGAAUAUCUGUUUCCGUAGUUAAAGCUCACGGUUAAUUAAAUUCGUUACCAAAAAAAGUUUAGUUAUCACAACUUUUUUAAAGUCCCUGACAUGACUUUGCGAUACCUUUGUCUGAUAAAGUACAAACCAAGAUUAGUUUAGAAUAGCAUAAUGUUUAUGUGAAGUAUGUUCGCUACUCUGUUUUUUUUAAGAAACUGUCAUAAAUUGAUUGUAUAUUACGUA